AUGGCACCGUCUGAGGAGUCCAUUCUCACAAACUUCUUGCUAUCUCUUUCUCCUUUACCAACAGUUAUAUCCCUUGAACAAUUCACAAAACUGUUUCCCAGGCGGCUGCAGUCUCAUCCACAGAUUAGGACGUUGUAUCGUGAUUUACAAUACCUCCGUGCUCAGGAUAUCGAUCUGGUCCAGGAAAACAUUCGGAAAGAGAUCAAAAACGGAGAGAAGCAGAAAGAAGAGCUAAAGAAUGCCCAGCUAAAUUCAGGGGUGACGAAUAUGACCCAUGGUGAUAAAACGGAGGCUGAUAUGGAUAUCCAGCUAUUUGGCCACAAUGAUGGCCUGGUAACCAGACCGGAAGAUCGCCAUACGCUAAACACUCUUUUGAUUGAUAUGGAACGGGCCUGCAGUGCUAUAGAAUCCAAUAUCCAGUCGCUUGAUACCGAAACGUCAGAUCUCGCUAGUCAAAUUGCAACCACCGUAGGGGAACUGAGUGAUCUCCGGUAUGGAAAAUUGAACGCAAUAGCGGCCGGGAAUACUCUAAGGGACGAUGUUAUCCUGGGCUUGAAAAAUCUGGAAGACAAAUGCAGUAAGGCUAUGCCACGCUGA